GGGAAAACGUCUGCCACCCACCUUAAAUUGUGGUGAUGUCCCUUGUUCGCAAGUUUACAUCAAAAUUUUAUUUACAAAAAGUUUAUGACAACCACUUCAGAAGUACAUUAACUCGGCUGCUAAACAUGAGGGUACGUUUGGUACCAGCUUUGGAAGAUAAUUACAUGUACCUCCUCAUAGAUGAGGCAACUCAGACAUGUGCUGCAGUAGAUCCUGUUGAACCUGAAAAACUGCUCAAAGCUGUAGAGGAAGAGCAGGUGACCUUGAGCUGCGUUCUGACGACCCAUCAUCACUGGGACCACGCUGGCGGUAAUGUGGAGCUUAUCAAGAAGACUGGGCCACUGCCUGUGUACGGCGGUGACGACCGCAUAGGGGCCCUCACUGAGAAAGUGGGGCACAACAGGCAACUGACACUGGGUAACUUGAACAUCCAAUGUCUGUUCACACCUUGCCACACUACAGGCCACAUUUGCUACUAUGUGACAGGGGAAGGAGAAGAACCAGCUGUAUUCACAGGGGAUACAUUGUUCAGUGCUGGUUGUGGACGGUUCUUUGAGGGAACUCCCCCAGAGAUGUACAAGGCUUUGAUUGAAAUCCUGGGGAAUCUACCAGCAAAAACUAGGGUGUUCUGUGGACAUGAAUACACAAUACAGAACUUGAAAUAUGCUGAGCAUGUUGAGCCAGAGAAUGCUUAUAUCCGUAACAAAAUGGAAUGGGCAAAGAAACUAAGAGAAUCCAAUGUUCCUACGAUACCAUCAACUAUUGAGGAAGAGAAGAAAAUUAACCCAUUUAUGAGGGUCCAAGAAGGCAGCGUGCACAAACAUGUGGGUGGGGCAACAGAUCCCAUUGAAGUUAUGAGGCUAUUACGACUAGAAAAGGACACUUUCAAAGCAAAGUGACAAGGUUUCUUAACUGUGCAACCUUGCGAAAUAAAGUGAUAUGUGCAAAUGAAGAGAUAUUUGGUGAUCGUUAUUCUUGCUUUUUGUGUGAAAAAAUGUUAAUUAACCUUCUCUUUCCUUAAAAGUAUACUUUAUCAUAUUUUAUAGAUAAAUUAGAAGGUAUAAAAUUCAGUAUAAUUAUAGACUAAGAGUAACCAUUAUAAGUUCCACUUCAUUUUUUGAUAUUUAUGCCCCCUUUCGAAGAAGAGGGGGUACAUUGUUUUGCUCAUGUCGGUUGGUCGGUCCGUCGGUUCGUCCACCAGAUGGUUUCUGGAUGAUUACUCAAGAACGCUUACGCCUAGGAUCAUGAAACUUCAUAGGUACAUUGAUCAUGACUCGCAGAUGACCCCUAUUAAUUUUCAGGUCACUAGGUCAAAGGUCAAGGUCACAGUGACUCGAACCAGUAAAAUGGUUUCCGGAUGAUAACUCAAGAACGCUUACGCCAAGGAUCAUGAAACUUCAUAGGUACAUUGAUCAUGACUCGCAGAUGACCCCUAUUGAUUUUCAGGUCACUAGGUCAAAGGUCAAGGUCAUGGUGACUCGAACCAGUUAAAUGGUUUCCGGAUGAUAACUCAAGAACGCUUGCGCCUAGGAUCGUGAAACUUCAUAGGUACAUUGAUCAUGACUCGCAGAUGACCCCUAUUGAUUUUCAGGUCACUAGGUCAAAGGUCAAGGUCACGGUGACUCGAACCAGUAAAAUGGUUUCCGGAUGAUAACUCAAGAACGCUUACGCCUAGGAUCAUAAAACUUCAUAGGUACAUUGAUCAUGACUCGCAGAUGACCCCUAUUGAUUUUCAGGUCUCUAGGUCAAAGGUCAAGGUCACAGUGACUCUAAAUAGUAAAAUGGUUUCCGGAUGAUAGCUCAAGAAUGCUUACGCCUAGGAUCAUGAAAAUUCAUAGGUUCAUUGAUCAUGACUGGCAGAUGACCCGUAUUAAUUUUCAGGUCACUAGGUCAAAGGUCAAGGUCACAGUGACUUGAACCAGUAAAAUGGUUUCCGGAUGAUAACUCAAGAAUAAUUAGGCCUAGGAUAAUGAAACUUCAUAGGUACAUUGAUCAUAACUGGCAGAUGACUCUUAUUGAUUUUCAGGUCACUAGGUCAAAGCUCAAGGUCACAGUGACAGAAAACGGAUUCACACAAUGGCUGCCACUGCAACUGACAGCCCAUAUGGGGGGCAUGCAUGUUUUACAAACAGCCCUUGUUUUAAAUUGAAAUUGUAAAUAACACAGAACUUUUUAUGCUCCCCCAAAAAAAUUUGGGGGGGGAGCAUAUAGUCGCCGCUUCGUCUGUCCGUGUGUCCGUCCGUCCGUGAACAAUUUUUUGUCCGGGCUAUUUCUCAGCAAUUAAUGACCGGAAUUCAAUUAAACUUUAUGGGAAGCUUUACUACUGAAAGGAGAUGUGCCUUUUAUCAGCCAGUUCUGGUCGGAUGAUUUUUCACAGAGUUAUGGCCCUUGGAAAUUCUCCAUUAACUGUACAUAUAGUGCAAUUCUUGUCCUGGCUAUUUCUCAGCAACUUAUGACUGGAAUUCAAUGAAACUUUAUGGGAAGCUUCACUACCAAGAGGAGAUGUGCAUAUUAUUAGCCGGUUCUCGUCGGAUGAUUUUUCACAGAGUUAUGGCCACUUGAAAUUUUCCAUUGUACAUAUAGUGCAAUUCUUGUCCGAGCUAUUUCUCAGCAACUUAUUACGGGAAUUCAAUGAAACUUUAUGGGAAGCUUCACUACCAACAGGAAAUGUGCAUAUUAUCAGCCGGUUAUGGUCGGAUGUUUUUUCACAGAGUUAUGGCCCUUUGAAAUUUUCUAUAAACUGUACAUAUAGUGCAAUUUUUGUCUGGGCUAUUUCUCCCCAACUACUGACUGGAAUUCAAUGAAGCUUCAUGGGAAGCUUAGCUACCUUGAGGAGAUGCGCAUGUUAUUUGUGGGAUCUGGUUAGAUGAUUUAUUUAGAGAGUUAUAGCCCUUUGAAAUUUGUUAGUUGCUAAACUAUCCAUCGUAUUAUUUUGUCCAAAGUUAUGCCCCUCAAGACGUUUCCUUUUAUCUGAAUAAAUAGUGCAAUAUUGUGACAAAAAAACCUUUGUCGAGCAUCACCCGUCUCCGACGGUUUCUUGUUUCAAAUGUGAUGAACACACAUUUUUAACUCUUUCCAAAUUAAAAAAGAUUGAAAAGAAUUUCUAUUUUUUUAGCAUUUUAUGAUAAAAUGUCUUACAAUUACUAAUCAGAACUAAAUCUUGUAAAAAAAAAAAAAUACAUCUUACUUGAAAGUGCCACAUUUGUAUAUUUUGGAUAGGUUCGCAUUUUAUUACCUAAUUUUUUACUUCAAAAUCAGCUUUAUGUGUAAAUAAAAUAAACAAACAAUAUUAGCAUAUAAUAUUGGCAUAGAAAGAAUCACAGCAUACAAAUAAUGAGUUUUAUUUACAGAUAUAUUUGUUGUUUGUUAUUAUAGGUUUUAGUUGUGUACUUAAUUCAAUUUUAUGUUUUUAAACAUUAAGUUCCUUUUUGUUUUCCAGUUUGAUUGGUCUUAAAUACAGUAAAUUAGCCCUUAUUUAAAUAAAUCUUUGAAAUCAAAAUUUUAUUUUGAUAAUUUGAUUAAGCCAAAGAAAGGUCUGGGUUGAAUUGGUAUGUUACUAUUGUUUGUUUGAGGACAGCGCAGAUUAUUUAGAAUUAUUACCAAAGGACUAAAUUUAAAUAACUUCUUUCAUUUGUAUGGUUUUAAAUUCAUGCUUAAAUGCAAACACAUAGAUUGUUCUUACUAGAUCAAAGAAAUUAACAUGACAUAACGAACAGUGAUAUGUUAAUUAUCUUGUAAAUGAUUAAUGGAAACUUAGUCUAGUUACAUUAGUGUUUAAUUAAUGCCUUGUAUUUUUUUACUUUUGUUCAAAUAUUAACUGUUAAAUGGCGCCCAUUUUAUGCUUUGCAUCAAUGGCCUUGUUGUUUGAUACAUGUAUUAUCAAGGAUUGCAAGUACUUUUUUUUGUUUAAUUUUGGUCUUAGCCUUGAGGAUUGAAUGUUUUAUGACGGUAUUUGAAGUUUGUACAGUUACUCAAACUUUUUGUUUAACAAUAUGUGUAGGGUAUGUCAUACAUGAUAGAUACAUUCA